CACACUCCCCCGAAUCAAGCGACAUUGUCUCGUUUCAGAGAAUCCCAUUUUGCCGAUGAACAGACACCCCUCCUUUCAGGGACUCCUGGACAUUGUUGUCCCUCAAUAUUUGUAAAAUUACAGUAAAGUAAAGCUGCGCGAUAAACUAAAAGGAGGUGCAAUCUAAAAAUGUCGCCAUUCAAUUCCUCAGAAAAAAUAAAUUUGAUGUACAGACUAAUAUUACCUUAGCAUUCAAGUUUUUACCAAAAAAACACAAUUUUGGUCAUGUGGAGGCUGAUGAACUUAUUUAAUAUUAUCGAGUCAAGCAUGGUGCGAUCUGCCGUCAUGCCAAAUGCCCCUGUUUCAGAGACAAAUAUGGAGUUUUUAUUUUAUUGAACCAAAUGGUGGAAAAUUUUUGAAUUUUAAAAAACUGUAACAUACUGUGCAUGGAAAUUUUAAAUCUGUAAUUUCACUUAAAAUUAAUUGUUUUGUAAAAAUAUUAAUUUUUCAGUACUGCAGUAGAAGUCUGCACCUUCAUGAGUCAUGAGUGCGAGCUUCUUUGUGUAGGUGUUUUUCAGUUUGGUACUACUUAUCCAAGCCAUACAUUUUCUAUGUUGGUACUGCCUUGAUGCUAAUUGAAAUCUCACUGUGAAGAAGUACCUGGAUGAAAUUCAAACACCACUCCUUUCAUUUUAAAUUGAGUGCAACGUUGAAUAAUGAAUUCAUCAAAGCAAACUCAAAAACUUUCAUCUUCAAAUAUGUUGCAAAAAAAGUCAACUAGACCCAUCAUCUUACUACGUCGAAGCUCGUGUGGCGCCAUAACAACUAAAUCUCAAAAUGUGUCGACAACAGUUUCGGAAUCAAAAUCAUCCGUGAAAAUGGCAUUACCAAGACUUCACAGCAUGCCUGACAUCAACCAUUCACGAGCCAAAAAUAUGUGUCAAUUUGGCCCAGUUUCCUCAAGAAGGGAACAAAUCUUCACCCAAUAUCCUUCCGUCAAAAUUGAACCAUCGGAUGAAAAUAUCAGAACAAGUUCAUCAAUGUGGAGACAAUCCUCCCAAAUUCCAAUCCAUCCUGCUGGAUCACAAUUUGUUUCGUACCAGCAGCCCUUCCAAAUGACAAAGAACUAUUAUUUUGGCAAUGGAGGGCCUCAAAUUAUAAAUGACCAGCAUAUUCAAUCUACUGGACAGAUCAAUUCAAUGGGUCAAGUUUUUAAUGGACAACUCAAUUGCCAGGCUAUUAGUGGAAUCAUUCCGAUGGAUCAGAAAUGUUCUAAUGGAUAUGGACCAUUUUACUGUCCAACUGGAGUUUUAGAUUGUGAAAAUAUUCGACCUCGUUCAGUUCCCAACAUGCGGCCUCAUCCACAUAGCAAUGGUUUUGAGCAACAAGGUGGUUACCCUGGUCAAGCAAUGGCCAUGGUUGAUGAAAGACAAUUGAAGCCCAAUGUAGUAGAUGACAGCUUGACCAAUAUUACAUGGCUCGGACACAUGGGUGUAAAUAACUUUUUGCCUAUGAGAGUCGAAAAAGAUGGAAGUCAUAUUCGACAGUUGCCAUUAAGAAGUUUAAAAAGUGGACGACCUCCAUAUUCAUACAUGGCUCUCAUACAAUUCGCAAUCAACAGUUCUCCGAUAAGACGAAUGACGUUACGACAAAUUUACAUAUGGAUUGAAGAAACUUUCCCUUAUUUUAAAAUGGCAAAACCAGGAUGGAAAAAUUCAAUUCGACACAACUUGUCUCUCCAUGAUAUUUUUGUUCGGGAAGUAUCUGUUUCUUCGAAAGCUUCAUAUUGGACUCUUCGACCAGAUUUAAAUAUGCGACCUCUUACACUAGAAAGCAUUAAAGGGGAUGCUCAGCAUAUGUUUCGACCUUGUCACAUGAUUGAAGGAUCAUCUUGGGAUCCAGAAGUAUUAUUACAAAGACAAAAAUCAGCUCUUCCUCAGAUUUCAAGUUCCCAACCUUAUCUUCUGUUUCCUUUGUCUGGAAAAACUCAACAAUCAGAUGGAUGUGGAACCAGUAUGUCAGCAACAAGGGAUUGUUCCUCUUUGUUUGCCGACUCUGGUUGUCAUUCCGACAUGAGUAUGAUGACUCCUUCAUCAACAACUAAAACCAGCAUGAUGUCUGCUGGAUACAAGCAACAUUAUCCUGAAAUAUCUUCAGAAUAUCAAAGCACUUCUUCCAAUGAUGUUAUAACGGAUAAUAAAGAUAAUAUUAAAGUUAGAAAAAGACCAAGAAAACAACCUUUGAAGACAUUGAAUGAUUCAUUAAAUAGUUCUUUACAUUUCGAUGAAAGCAAAUCAGGAAAAUCUCCAGAAAAUUCCAAAAAGUUGAUAAAAAUUGAAAAAGAAGAUUUCACAGAUUUCAGAUCCGCUAAAGAAAAUUCAUCGAUGUUUGGUUUUGGUUCGCCAAACAGUUUCAGUGAGAUAUUAAAUGACUUGGAAACUCCGUACAAAUCGUUAUUUUCGAAAGAUAUUGUCAGCGAAGAGGAAAUAGGAAGUACCCCUCCAAGAAAGAAAUGCAAGAAGCUUCAGUAUCAAAAAUUUACGAAUUCUCCCGGUUUUAAUGAAGAUUUGGAUGCUAUUUUAAGGCAACAUAGCCAUACUUUCUCCAAAGCUGGCAAAGUAUAUUCAACACCUGGAAAAGAGGGAGUUUCUACGCAUGAUGAAUAUCAUCAACCAACUUCAACACCGAUAUGUGAUGAGAAAUAUGGAAGGAAACCCCUCAGGUCACUAACACCUUCCAGAUUUUUGUGUAGUCCACAAGGAUGUCGAUCUGAAGCCAAAAAAUUACCUUUUAGCAACAUAGAGAAAAACAUAGAUAAUGGCUUCAAUAUAGGAACAGGGACCACUUCACUCCAUGACAAAUCAGUCAAGCAUUUUGUCAGUCCAAGCAGUAAAAAAGUAAUCUUAGGCACUUAUUCCCAGUCCCCUUCUCGAUUGAAUCAAAUUUCAACCACUGAUUUGCCGUCUUCCACUUCGAAUGAAUCUCCAAUGAAAGGAUUUCUUCCGAGUGUCUUUGGUGCUGAUUGCGUGGCGUUAAACAACAGUUUCAGUAAACUACUGGAUUUGAGUGGAAUUAGUCUACUCGGAGCGAGUGGAUGUUCACCGUCAAAGUUUUCAGAUAUAGUUGAUGUGAGUUGGUCAAAUCUACCUGAACCUUGAACUCUCAACUUUGACCUGAUGAUAUUCUUUUUCCAAUAAGGAAUGUUUACCUACAUAGUUGUUUUCCUGUGCAAGUAAUGAGUUUCUAUAUUAGUAUCAGCUUUUGUAUAAUAAGCAAGGCAAUGUUGUAUAUACUUGCAAUAUUAAUAAUUUUAUUCUAGCUUUACCAGGUUAAGAUGAAAUUGUUGUAAACUGGUGGAGUUCUAAUUGAGAACAUACUAACACUUCACUUGCUUGAUUGCUUCUUUAUUGUUAUCACAUAUUUUUGUAGGUAGUUUCACUGUGACGUGUAUUCAUCUCUUGCAAUUCUUAGUUAUAUGUGUGACAUUUUCUUAUUAUUAUUUCAUCCUACAAUAUAUUAUUUUGUUGUAAUACUUGUAGGAUAAUUAUUUUGA